CCCCCUGGACAUCCCAGCCAUGAGGGAAGCAGCGCGGUUCCUGCUGGGCACCCACGACUUCAGCACAUUCCGCUCGCCGCACGCCGAGAGCCAGAGCCCCGUGCGGACCCUGCGGCUGCUGCAGCUGCAGCCGGGCCGGGCGCUGCUGGGCCAGCACGGCCUGCACAGGGCUGGGUUGGUGACACCGGGGCUGGGUUUGUCACACUGGGGUUGGGUUGGUCACACCGGGGCUGGGUUGGUCACACCGGGGCUGGGACUGGACCUGAGCCAGGCCGGUUCCUGGCUGGCUGAACCCAGCUCUCCUGUCCCCGGGCAGGUCAGGAGGAUGGUGGGGGCCCUGGUGGCCGUGGGCCAGGGCAGGCUGGCCCCCCGGCAGCUGCAGGAGCUGCUGCAGCUCAGGGACCCCCGGGCGCUGCCCCCUCACGCCGUGGCGCCGGCCUCGGGGCUCUUCCUGCACAGCGUGGAGUACAGCCAGGCAGAUUUGGCCACCCCGAGUGCCCCAGCAGAAGAGGAGCUCUGCGAGCCGAGCUGAAAGGAAAUGAUAAAUUAUUUAUAAAACUAAUUAAACAAUUAGAAAAAUCA